CUCCCAGAAAUAAUCUACAAGCUUUUUGAAAGCAUCUUUGCUGUAACUUUGAGCUUUUUGAACGACAUUCGUCGCGCGUCGCUCUACUCGGGAGGGUAGCAAAUUAGUAAAUUUCGUAAACAAAGUAAGAAAAAAAAACCGGCAAAAUGGACGCGAUCAAGAAGAAGAUGCAAGCGAUGAAGCUUGAGAAGGACAAUGCACAGGAUAAAGCUGAUACCUGUGAAGGACAAGCCAAGGAGGCGAAUCUUCGUGCGGAUAAAGUUAUGGAAGAAGUCAAUGAGCUGCAAAAAAAAUUACAGCAAGUUGAGUCCGACUUGACAACAAACAAACAGAAUUUGGAGCGGGGAAACAAAGAUCUUGAAGAAAAAGAAAAAGCCCUGACUAAUGCCGAAGCUGAAGUCGCGGCUUUGAACAGAAAAGUGCAAUUGAUUGAAGAAGAUUUGGAACGUUCUGAAGAACGUCUCAAUACAGCAACCGCUAAAUUAACAGAAGCAUCUCAAGCUGCUGAUGAAUCUAGUCGUAUGUGCAAAGUAUUGGAAAAUCGUUCACAACAAGACGAAGAACGUAUGGAUCAAUUAACAAACCAAUUAAAGGAAGCGCGUUUACUUGCUGAAGAUGCUGAUGGUAAAUCUGACGAAGUUUCCCGUAAAUUGGCGUUCGUUGAAGACGAACUUGAAGUUGCUGAAGAUCGUGUAAAAUCUGGUGAAGCCAAAAUUAUGGAGUUGGAAGAAGAACUCAAAGUUGUCGGUAACAGUUUGAAGUCACUUGAGGUCUCAGAAGAAAAGGCUAAUCAAAGAGUUGAAGAAUUCAAACGUCAACUUAAAACUUUGACUGUAAAACUAAAGGAAGCUGAAGCACGUGCUGAGUUUGCUGAGAAGACUGUGAAGAAGUUACAGAAAGAAGUCGACAGGCUCGAAGACGAACUUGGAAUCAACAAGGACAGAUACAAGUCAUUGGCCGACGAAAUGGACUCGACAUUUGCCGAAUUGGCUGGAUAUUAAUAAGAAAAAUAAAAAACAAGAGAGCGAAAAUCAUCACUUUUUAUUUUUUAUCAUUUUGGAGCAAAAUUUAACCGGAAGAUGUCAAACAAUCAAGUUAUGGACGUCAGAAAAUGAUAAUUAAAUUUUAUUAAACCUGUUUAUUUAUUGACUAUUAUAAAUAAUUAUUAAUUAAUAAAAUUAUUAUUAUUAAUCACUGUA